AUGGAGGUGGGCAGGCGCUCUUCCCCUCUCUUCUCUCUUUCCCUCCACCUCUCUCAAUUGGUGAGUUGCUAUGGGGCACAUUCUCAUGGGGAGACUGUUAGUGAUAUGGCAUUCUUUGUUAUUACAGGAGCUAAGGUGAGAGUCGACUGCAAAUCGAAAACCACUGGGGCAAAGACAUGCAGCUUCGAGGGACAUACUGACCGCACUGGCACCUACAACAUCCUUGUCGCUGAUGAGCAUGAGCAUGAGCUCUGCGAGUCCGUCCUUGUGAGCAGCCCGGACAAGGGGUGUGCCAAUGUUGUGGCUGGUCGUGAGAGGGCCCCUGUCUUCCUUACCAGCAACAAUGGGAUUGCAUCCAACAUUCGUUUGGCAAAUGCUCUGGGGUUCCAGAAGGACGUUGCCCUUCCUAGAUGCGCACAGAUCCUCGAGAUGUACCAGGAUGAGGAUGACCGUGUGUAA